AUGUCGCAUUCAUAUCGUGAUGUUUUCCAGACCUUUCCCGCGUAUCGGAUGGGAUCGCCUCCAGUUACGUCUGAUGCUGACCGUUCUCUCGAGUUCCCUCGCAGACCUGGCUCGCCGUACAGACCGAAGUUGAAAUGCCAAUCGGUAUCUCAAACAAUCAAUGCCAGAUCAGAUAGUGACAAGGAAACUUCAUCACUGCCUCUAGUUUGGGUUGAAGUCCGAGACAACGUUAUCCCGCCUCACGCUGUUCCAUUCGCCUCGGACAGUCACGGUCCUCUUUUCAUAGCCCGAGCUUAUCUAGAAGGAGCAUUUUUCCUGGGCAAGGCUGGUCCUCAGCUCACUAGCGGUGCUAUCAUUAGCUACGGAAGUUUGGAAAUAACGGUAGUAACCGCAACUUUUGAAGUCGUAAUUUUGCUGAACGAUAUUCCUGAAAACGCCUAUAAUUCCGCAGAUAAUCACGACGAGGUCGAUAACAACCAGCGUUCGGCGACUCCCGAUCCUGACCCCGCCAUCGUCGCAUCGCAUACCAGGGCCCGCAGCUACUCUACAUAUGGCCUUUCGUCAAAAGAAUCUUUAGAUGUUGACAUAUUGAAAGCUCGCGACACUUUCGUUCCCCUGAAAUCUCCUCUUGAGCUAACGGAACGGUCACGAUCACUCCCUCCCCGGGCAAGACGUUCAGCCGAGUCAAGCUUUGACGCUAGGGCGGAACUGGGUGCUUUUCGGUCUGAGCAUGCACCGGUGUCCCGCCCAAGUGUGGUAACGUCAUCGAAACCUCGAGUCCAUCUCGAUUGCACCAGUCAAGGAUCUUACAGGCUCCCUACCGUGGCUAGUGCUGUUGAAUACUCAGCAAAUGAGCGAGGCACCCCAGUUGGUUCGUUCGGUGGAUCUGAAAUCACAGGGUUCCGCGAGGUAGUGAAUGUCGAUGGUCGGAGUGCAUAUAGCAGUUCACCUCGUGAACCUCCAGCUCAAUCGGUACAUGCUGGUUUUGCCCAGGAUGUCUUACCGCGUCGAAGAUAUUCAAACACUGGUAUCGCUCCUUCCACGCCUGUAAAUCACCACACAAACCAGUUCUUGUCGACUUCGGCAACGAGCCAUUCAUUGGCAAGCAAUGUCCUUGAUUCUCGAUUCACCAAUACUCUCAAUCCUUCGUCGAAGGACGACUCUCAGUUCACCCCCACGCAUUACUCAUUUUCCUCGCACAAAGUGUCGAGUGAUUCGCCACUGUCUCAACCAUCUACAGUUUUCUCUCGUGGUACUUGGGCAGGCACCCAAGGAACCCUUGCUCUGUGUCUCUGCAUCCUUGAUGAUGUCGAAGACACGAGCAAACAUCAGUCAAAACUGGUCAACUGUCCCGUACACCCUCCUGCAGACACGAUCGGCAUCUCUGGCAAUUUGAGCGAUUUCGGGCAUGUCGAUCAGUACGAUCAGUGGGCAUCUCCUGUUGCCAAAACGCAUGUAUGGCAACGUGGUAUGCAACACCAGAAAUCUCACUUGAAGGAUAGCCCAAGUCACGUUCCACAAUCUCCUACAUUUCUAUCCACCGAUUCACCCCCAGCUCAGAACUCUCUCGUUGGUGAUCAUACAGGUAUUGACCUACGUUCGACUCAUUACUCACGUCAUGACGUGCAAAGAAGGCCCGCCGAGACGUUAUCCGAGGACGAAAACACGACUGUCUCGGAGCAUGUGUGUGGCUGUGAGUCGGAGCAUGUAUGCGACUCCGAGCAUUGGCAGCUUGUCUCCCGAACAACCUUUGGCAUCGAAGCGCAAACCUGUGAUGGUACUGGAAGCGAUGUAAUCGCCAGCGAGCUUCCCGCACCAAUCACCAUUAACCCGUCGAACGCUGGGAUCGUGACGAGCGAAGUCAAACUUCUGCCUCAUCCUAUGCCGCUCAUAACCUCUGCAUCUCAAGUAGCUGGAGACAGCAAACGGGAGCACAGUCGUGGCGUAGUGCAGGAGAGCACUCUUGAACGGGAGCUCGUUCAAGAGAAUCGGGUCGCAGUUACUGCAGUAUCCCAAAAUAUAAGCACGGGGGAGUCAACAUCGGUUGUUUCCUCUCGCGGAACCCUGGUAACUGAAGAAUGUGCACCAUUGUCGACUGUCACGUGUAGUCCGAGCUUGCCUCCUUCACAACAGCAGCCUGCCCAGACAAUCUCAUGUAAUGACGGCUCAGUUAUGGAUGACGAGCUCCAUAAGCAUCGCGAGUGCGCAGAUUCAUCUGUCAUCGUCUGUGCAUCCGUGGCACAUGAGGAAAACAAUAGUUCAACCAGAGUCGUCGCGGUCGAGAGCACCCAGAAGACAAGUCCAGCAUCGAACGAUAUUCGAAACUCAUCUUUCAUUCAAAGUACACUGACGAUAGUCGAGAGUCCCUCCCUGACUUCUAACAGACACGAGGAACUCUACGAUCAAGACGUAGCCAGGGACAAGCCUAGUCAAGUUACCCCCACUCCGAAACUUGUGGAUGAGAGGGAGGAUUGCAAGCGCCAAACUGUGGAGGGCAGAGAAGACUCUCAUGAUCAAGGGACGGAAAGCGAUGUUAAGCAAAAUCUCACAUCAUAUUCCCGUACUGUUAGGAUUGUCGAAGGAAACACGUCGAAGUCCACGGUGUUGAACGAUGAUAGGACGAUAAAUGAGGGCGCCGACGGUGUCGCAUUGUCCCUGUCCAAUCCCGGGUCGAAAAUGUAUCCUUCCGAACCGGGUGUUCCGCAGGACUCGGGGAUCAAUCGCAUUGAAUCUGGAUACGAACACCAGUCUUUGAACCUCGACACAGUUUCAAGGAAUUCCAUUCAGAUAUCCAGCCAUGAUUCGGCCAAGAGCAGUGAAGAGCACAUCCAAAGACAGUCAGCCCUAAAUUUAUCCCUCAGGAACGAGGGUCGUGAAGUAGACUCCUCUGUUCUGGUCCAGUCGUCCUUGAUACCUGCGGCGAACAUUGGAACACUAGCACCGGCCCCACGCGGGGCUGUCGAGAAUACGCGGAAUUCGAGUCUAGCAUACAAUGAUCUCAGGAACUCGUCUUCAGCUGAAAGCACGUGCAUGACGGGUCAGACUUCUUCCCUAGUAAUUGACCUGAAAGACCGAUCCUGUGGUCAAAUUGUAGGCACGAAACUACCUACUCAAAGCUUCUCGACUCCGAAUGUUUAUGUCGACGACAGAGUGCUUGUAUCAGCAGAUUGUAUGCGCCAGGAUCCUCAGGGCAGAGGAGGCUAUCAUGCACGGGAGGUGGAGAGUGAGGCUACACUCAACUCGGAGUCUUAUUCCACUGCCGUCGAGAGUGUCAGGCAGUCAGAGAGUGCCAUAAUAUUGAAAGCUGGUGGACGGUCAGAUAAGGACGCUAACAGCGAUGUCUCAUCCCUGUCAUCGACUUACGCUGAGCAUAAGCUAUCUCUUUCUGAACCGGACGUUCCACAGGAUGGGGGAAUCAAUCCCAUUCAGUCUGCAUGCGAGCACCAGUCCUCAGAGAUUAACGUAGCUUCGGAUGACGAGCUCUAUAGGCAUCGCGAGUGCACAGACUCAUCUGUCAUCGCCUAUUCAUCCGUGGCACACGGGGAAAACGAUACUUCAACCAGAGUCAUCACGGUCGAGAGCACACAGAAGACAAGUCCAGCAUCAAACGAUAUUCGAAACUCAUCUUUCGCUCAAAGUACAUCGACGAUAGCCGAGAGUACCUCUCUAGCUGCUAACAGACACGAGGAACCCUGUGAUCAAGAUGUAGCCAGGGACAAGCCUAGUCAAAUCUCCCCCACUCCGAAACUUCAGAGUGAGACCGAGGAUGUAUUCACGGAUUACAAGCGUCAAACUAUGGAGGGCAAAGAAGACCAUUAUGAUCAAGGGACGGCAAGCGAGGUCAAGCAAAAUCUCACAUCAUAUUCCCGUACUGUCAAGAUUAUCGAAGGAAACACGUCGAAGUCCGCCAUAUUAGACGAUGACAAGAGGAUAAAUGAGAGCGCCGACGGUGUCGCGUUGUCCCUAUCCUCUGUCAAUCCUGGGUCCAAAGUGUCUCCUUCCGAAUCGGAUGUUCCGCGGGACUCGGGGACUAAUCAUAUCGAAUUUGCAUACGAACAUCGCCUCAACAUAGCUUCAAAGAAUUCCAACCAGAUAUCCAACCAUGAUUCGUCUGAGAGCAGUGAAGGGCACAUCCAAAGGCAGUCAGCCCAAAAUUUAUCCUUUAGCAAGGAACGAUUUACUGAUGAUAAGCUCAACAGGAGUCGUGAAGACGUAGACUCCUCUGUGCUGGUCCGAUCGUCCUUAGUAACUGCGGAGAACAUUGAAGCACCAGCAUCAGCCCCACGCAGAGCUGUCGAGAGCACGCAGAAGUCGAUUCUAGUAUACAAUGAUCUUGAGAACUCGUCGUUGCCUCAAGGCAUGUGGAUGAUGGGUCAGACUUCCUCGGUAAUUGACCUAAAAGGCGGAUCCUGCGGUCAAUCUGUUGUAGGCGCGGAUCUAUCUACUCAAAGCUUCUCUACUGCGAAUGUUUAUGUCGAGCACGACAGAGUGCCUGUAUCGACAAAUUGUAUGCCCCAAGGUUUGGAGGGCAGAGGAGGCUAUCAUGCACGGGAGGUGGAGAGUCAGGUGACGUUCAAAUCGGAAUCUUAUUCCAGUGCCGUCGAGAGUGUCAGGCAAUCAGAGAGUACCAUGGUAUUGGACGCUGGUGGACGAUCAGAUAAGGACGCUAACAGUAACGUUUCAUACCUGCCAUCAACUUACGCUGAGCGUAAGCUGUCUUCUUCUGAAUCGGGCCUCCCACAAGAUGCGGGAAUCAAUGUCACUCAGUCUGCACACGAGCACCACUCCUCAGAUAUCGACGUAGCUUCGGCGACUUCCGUGCAAACCUUGGGCCAUCGCGCGAUUGAGAACAGAGUCGAGAGUUCUCUGGUCACUAUACAAGAAGGACCUUGCUUUCAAUAUGUGGCGAUAGACGAACCUUGUCAACACUUAUCCGCUCCGAAAAUUGACAGCAACGAACCAUCGGAGUGCGUGCACCAGGCUGUGGAGAGCAAGGGCGACCGUCAUGAACUGGAGACGGAAAGCAAGUUCAACCUCAGCUUGACAGCAGAUUCCCAUCCUGUCGGGAUUGUCGAGCGAUCCACGUCGAAGACUGUGGUAUCGAAAAUUCAUGGUCAAACGAAUCAGAACACCAAUGUCCCUCCGUUUUCUUUGUCCCAAAUGGCCACGCUGUCUCCUUCUGACCCGGGCAUCCCACAGGAUGCGGAAGCCGAUCUUAUACAGUCUGGAUGCGAGCACCAGUCUUCUACUGGGGUAGACGCAGCUUCAAUUGACCUUGUGCAGACCUCGAACUAUGAUUACUCAACUGAGACCCAAGGGUACCGAUCAGCUCAGUUAUUCUCUUGUAGCAACGUGCCUGGAUCAACCAUAUCUACCCACGUCUACCUGUCCUUGGAACAGAACAAUUCAAAUUCACCACCAUCCAUCGACAAAGCAGUUGAGAAUACGCAGGAGUCGAGUUCGGUCAAUGGAAUUUCGAAAUCUCUGACAUCGACGACAUAUCAGAGUCAUUCUCUUGUCGCUAGCGCGCACGAAGAAUCUUGUGGCCAAGAUAUGACCAAGGACCAGCCUAAUCAAGGUUCAUCCUCCCCAAAAUAUGAGGUUGACGAAGAGGGUGUAACAGCAGAUCGCAUGCAACAGGCCAUCAUGGAGUUGAGAUGCGAGUCCCAGUCUGAUGUCAACGAGGUUUCAAAGACUUUCGAAUCGGAGCACACCUGGAGUUAUCACUCGCCUGUGAACAGUGAAUGGCACAGCCAACGACAAGGAGACUAUCAUGCACGGGAGGUGGAGAGUGAGGUUACGCUCAAAUCGAAGCCUUAUUUCAGUGCCGUCGAGAGUGCCAUAGUAUUCAACGCUGGGGGUCGAUCAGAUGAGGACGCUAAGAGCGACAUCUCAUCCCUGUCAUCAACUUACACUGAGCGCAAGCUGUCUCUUUCUGAACCGGGUGUCCCACAGGAUGCGGGAAUCAAUUUCAUUCAGUCUGGACGAGAGCACCAGACCUCAAAGAUCAACGUAGCUUCAAAGACUUUCGUGCGAACCUCAAGCCAUCGCUCAAUUGAGAACAGAGUUCAGAGUUCUCUAGUCACUGUGCAAGAAGGACCUUGGUGCCAACCUCGUCAAUGUUUUUCCGUUCGGAAACUUGACAUCAACGAACUACCAGACUCUCCAAAACAUGAAGCUGAUGAAGAGGGUGUGACUGCUGAUCGCAUGCACCAGGCUAUCGUAGAGUCGAGAUGCGAGCGCCAGUCUUUAGAUGUCAACAAGGUUUCGAAGACUUUCGAAUCGGAACCCACCUGGAUUCAUCACUCGCUUGAGAGCGGUGAAUGGCACACCCAACGACAAGGUCGACAGCAAGUAUAUUCAUCUGGUAUCGUCGGACCUCAAGUUGGAGAGAGCAAUACAACUCCACAAUUCUUAAACAUCACAGUCAAGAACACACAUACGUCAAGUACAACGCCUGAUGAUCUUUGGAGCUCACCUGUGCCUGAAGGCACAUCAGCGAUGGAGCAGACUCCUCCUGCAGGUGAUUCCUUACAAGGGGCUCCUGAUCGUAAUGUGACCAGGGUCCGAUAUAGUAGUCGAAGCUCAUCCAUCCCGAAAUUUGAGGACAACAAUGUCGACGUAUCAGCAGGUUAUAUGCGCCAGGCUUCGGUGACCAGAGGAGACUAUCAUGAACAGAGGAUGGACAGCGAGGUUGAGCAAAAUUUGGCGUAUCAUUUCUGCAGCGUUGGAAUGCUCGGGCGAUCGACGUCAGACACUGUGACAGCGAACAAUGAUAGGCGGAUGGAUAAGGACGCCGAAGACACUGCAUUUCCCCUGUCCUCGACUACUAUAAGGUCCAAACUGUCAAUCGCUGAGCCAGACAUUCUACGGGAUGUGGCUACCUCUUCAAAGGUCAUCACGACCUCAACGAAUUCUACGCAGACUUCGAGUUAUAGGUCGACUGUGGAUAAUGAACACAUCUACCAACAGCCAGCCCAAACUUCCUCCUGGAGUAACGAGUCUCCCGUCAACCAAUCGCAAACAACUACCCCCGUCCACCUGUUCUCAGUACCUGGAGAAAACAAUCCAACACCAGCACAGCCCUUCAGCGUAGCAUCAUCCAAGAACACGCAGCAACCGAAUCCAGCCUUUAAUAGUCCAGAUUCAUCUUUACCUGAAGGGCCCACGACAGGUCAGACCUCUUCUUCGGCCACUUACGAAUGCGGGGAACCCUGCGGUCGAGAUGAGGCUAGAGACCUGCCUAGUCAAGGCUCCUCUACACCGAAACUCAGGGACGACAAAGAGGAUAUAUUGGCAUAUUGCACGUUCCAGGGUGUAGAAGACCAUUGCCUGAAGGCAGGACCAACGGUCACAUCUGUGACUUGUGAUUCAAUCACCGUCCAAUGCUCAUCCCAGACGAAGAAUCAAGAGAAUACUUUAUGUGCUGCUGACACGAGACGAUGUGGUGCGCUGGGGACUGCGUGUGACACUUGCUCAACACCGUCAGAUGAUUGUACAAACACGGCGCCUAAUGAUUGUCCCCCGGCCGAUGGACAAUUAACGCAAACUGCUGCUAUCGAUUGCGCAUAUAAUUGUCCUUCGACCAUGGACUCCAAAUC